UCAGCAGUUGGGUGUAAUGACAUGUGCUGUGUGUGUCAGACUCGGUGUGUUGUGUUUUGAAAAAAAGUGGUCACUUUUCUGAUUCAGGCAACAGUACCGAGCCAUAUUUACCCCCAUUACGCAAGAAUGAGAGCUUUAGUGCAAAGGGUAACCAAAGCCAGUGUAACAGUUGGCGAUGAACUGAUCAGUUCUAUUGGUAAAGGUCUGUGUGUCUUAGUUGGUAUAUCUAGAGAUGACACGCCCAAAGACAGGGAGUACAUAGCGAGGAAACUGUUGAAUUUGAGGGUCUUUGAAGACGAGAAGGAGGAGAGAAGAUGGGACAAAAGUGUAAAGGACAAACAGCUGGAGAUUCUGUGUGUUAGUCAGUUCACCCUGUACUCCAUCCUGAAGGGUAAUAAACCUGAUUUCCACUCGGCCAUGGCUGGAGAUCAAUCGGAACAAUUCUACCAAGACUUUCUGGCAAUCCUGAAGAAAGAUUUCAAGCCAGAACUCAUCAAAGAUGGAAAGUUUGGUGCUCACAUGCAGGUCCAUAUUCAGAACGAUGGCCCGGUCACGAUCAUGUUGGAGUCACCAGCUGAAAAUAAUAAACAAGGAGCUAAGCAACCGAUGACCCCAGUACCAAGGACUCCCAGACAGUCUGGAAGUAAAGCUCCAGUGGCCAUUGUAAAAGGUCAACAACAGGAUAAAGUGAAGGAGAGGGCCAGUCGUUACAUCAGUAGUCUGACCACAGCGUUUGAAGGCCAAGUUGAUGUCCAUAAGGACUUCCUGUCUACUAUCACUAAUUACAGAGAUAACCAGGUCAGUGCCACAGAAAUGAUGCUGAAAGUCGGUACCCUGUUCAUCGGUCACACGCAGCUCAUUUGCAGCUUCACCGGUAUUCUCCCCACCAACCACAGCUUGUCCAUCGUGAAUAAUGACCCCAACAUGGUCAGCGUUCAUAUCCCAGGUCAAAGAUCAAUGUCACUGGAUGAGGUCAGGCAAUUUCUCGAAACGAACCAGGUGAGUGAGGUCUGCAAAAUUUCAACCUAG